AUGCAGUUCACUGAAGAGAAGGCCGCGGAGGUCAAGUCCUGGGUUGUGAAGAAACUUGAAGAUAUUUCCGAUGCGGAUUCGGAAGUAUUGGCCGACUAUGUUCUUGCCUUGAUUUCUACGGAUGCUCCAGAUGAUGAGAUAAGGAAAGCGUCAGUUGAGAACCUCGAGGACUUUUUGAAAGAGAACACUGUUCCCUUUGUCGAUGAGAUCUUUGAAAAGUUCCACCCAAAACCUGAGCAGCCAGGCCUUCCUGACACCACUCAACAGCUUGAUUUGCCACCUCCCGUCCAGGAUGCCUCCUUCAGUCAACCACCUCCAAAUGUAGAUAUGAUGGCGCAAUUUGCGCAAGUCCAGCUAGGAGCCAUGGGUCAGCCAGGUUUGGCUCGGUUUGACAACAACGACCAACAGUUCAAUGCGCGAAAGCGAACAUUUAACGACUCUCAGGGAGAUGAUCAAGGCCCUUAUCAGAGAAAUGCGGAUAGGCCACACAAAUCUGCCCGUGGUCGACGCGGCCGGGGAGGCAUUGGUGGGUGGGAUAACCGGCAAACCCAAAGCCCACAUGGCCAAGGGUAUUCACCGAAUAUGCCAGGCGGUUUUCGCGGUGGCCCGGGUACACCCCAACCUGGAUUUCCACCGUUUAAUCCAAAUGAUCCCAUUGCGCAAAUGUUAAGCAUGUCCGGGAUUAACUUCCCUCAAAUUCCAGGGAUGCCGCCAAUGCCACCACUUCCAUCUCUUAAUGGGCAAUCUCAACCUUCUGGCUCACCCCCCAAUAAGAUUGCAGAGAGGUGUAAGAAUUACGAUAAUAUGGGGUUCUGUGUUCUGGGGAGCACCUGUCCAUAUCAGCAUGGACAGGCUCCAUCAAAGGACGACGAGUACGAUCCUACAAAGUCCAACAUUGUUUCUCCACAUUCAGCAAACGGAGCUAAUGGACAUGGUUCUGGUGGACGUGGUGAUCGAGGCAGAGGACGAGGCCGCGGCCGAAAUGACAGAGGAGGCCAUGGCUCACAGCGCCGUAAUCGGGCUGAAUUCUCACAUGCCGGCCCUAACGAGGACAGAAGAAUCACAACCAUUGUCGUCGAACAGAUACCAGAAGAUAAAUUUGACGAGGCUACUGUUCGAGAAUUUUUCUCCGAAUUUGGCGAGAUUACGGAGGUUACCAUGAAGCCAUACAAACAUCUAGCUCUGGUCAAAUAUGACUCGUACGAUGCAGCUCAUCGGGCAUGGUCGAGUCCGAAAGUCAUCUUCGACAACAGAUUUGUAAAAGUCUAUUGGUAUAAACCUACAGAGUCGAGAGGUGACAGCAACGGGCUUAAGAAGAGCUCCGCCGAUGAACCGUCAUUCGACAUGGAAGCCUUUGAGAAACAACAGGCAGAGGCUCAGAAGGCCCAUGAAGAAAAGAUUAAGAAACGAAAAGAGACUGAAGAAGCAAUUCUGGAGCACAAGAAAAAGACAGAAGAAUUGCUUAAACGUCAUAAAGAGGAACAAGCCAAACUGUUGCAGAAGCUGGAAGCUAAGGGCGCGGGCAAAGAUACAGCUUCACCUGAAUCAGGAACGCCAACGAAUGACAAGACUGCCUCUCUUCGGGCACAGCUUGCAUCUCUUGAAGCAGAGGCUAAGAGCAUGGGUAUUGACCCCAACGCUCAACCGGAAUCUUCGUUUGGCCGUGGCCGUGGUCGAGGCUAUGGCGGCUUCCGUGGAAGAGGUGGUUUCGCCCCGCGGGGCCGUGGAUACGACCCUUCGUUUAGAGGAGGAUUUAGGGGCCGUGGAGCGUUCCGUGGUCGUGGGGGUGUGAUUCGCCUAGAUAACCGUCCUAAAAAGGUUGCAAUCUCAGGGGUAGAAUUUGAUACCAACCGUGAUGAGGCCCUACGGCAAUAUCUUCUGGGCAUUGGAGAAUACGAGAGUAUUGACCCUAGCCCGGACCGCCCGGGUGCCUUGGUAGUGUCCUUCAAGGACCGUUAUGUUGCUGAAAAGCUAUUCCAUGGACCCUCUGAUAUCCCAUCUGUCGGUAACGUCGAGUUCGCUUGGGUUGCCAACCCUCCGCAGCCCUCAACACAGCCACCUGGUGCCACUGUCCCGAAAUCUAGCGAUGAUGUCGCUAUGGCGGAUAGCAAUGCGCCUGGCGCAGCUGCACAGGAAAAAGAACCAACCCAUGAGGUCGACUAUGACGUGGCCGAAAUGGAUGAUUCUUGGGCUGAAUGA